AGGAAAUGGAAAAAAAAUGAACAAGUGGGAAGAGAAGAGGGCCCAGAACUCAGAAAUAAGAAUAAAGCAAGUUUAGGAAUAUGACAGCAGCUUCCCAAACUAGGAAUUUGCCCGGGUGAUUAAAGAAUUUCAGGUUACUAUGGAAUGUCACCCACUUACUGUGACUGAUCCUAUUGAGGAACACAGGAUCUGUGUCGGUGUUAGGAAGCCCCUGCUGAAUAAACAAGAACUGGCCAAGAAAGAAAUCGAUGUGAUUUCUGUUCCCAGCAAGUGUUUCUUUCCUCUUUGUGUAUGAACCCGAAUUAAAAGUGGACUUGACAAAAGUAUCUGGAGAACCAGACAAUCUACUUCGACUUUGCCUUCGAUGAAACAGCUUCAAAUGAAGUUGUCUACAGGUUCACAGCAAGGCCACUGGUGCAGAGGAUUUUUGAAGGGGGAAAAAGCAACUUGCUUUGCCUAUGGGCAGACAGGCAGUGGGAAGACUCAUACAAUGGGUGGAGACCUGUCUGGUAAAUCUCAGAAUGCAUCUAAAGGGAUCUACGAAAUGGCUUCCCAGGGUGUCUUCCUUUUGAAGAGUCAGCCUCGCUACUGGAACCUAAGCCUGGAAGUUUAUGUGACAUUCUUUGAGAUCUACAAUGGGAAGGUGUUUGAUCUGCUCAACAAGAAGGCUAAGCUACGUGUACUAGGAGACAGCAAGCCACAGGUGCAGGCUGUGGGACUGCAGGAGUACCUGGUCAACUGUGCUGAUGAGUCAUCAAGAUGCUCAACAUGGGCAGUGCCUGCAGGACUUCGGGACAAACGUUUGCCAACUCCAAUUCCUCCCGCUCCCAUGCCUGCUUCCAGAUUCUUCUUUGAGCCAAAGAGAGAUUACAUGGCAAAUUCUCUUUGGUAGAUCUGGCGGGGAAUGAACGAGGGGCCAACACUUCUAGUGCUGACCGGCAGACUCGCAUGGAGGGUGCAGAGAUUAACAAGUCUCUCCUAGCUCUGAAGGAGUUCAUCAGGUCGCUGGGACAGAACAAGGCUCACACCCCAGGUGCUGAGGGACUCAUUCACUGAUGAGAACUCGAAGACUUGCAUGAUUGCCAUGAUCUCACCAGGCAUAAGCUCCUGUGAAUAUACGUUAAACACGCUGAGAUAUGCAGACAGAGUCAAGGAGCUGAGCUCCCACAGCGGGCCCAGUGGAGAGCAGCCAGCUCAAAUGGAGACAGAGGAAAUGGAGGCCAGCUCUAAUGGAACCUCGCUGGCAGUUGAUUUCACCAAGGAAGAGGAGGAGCUGUCUUCCCAGAUGUCCAGCUUUAAUGAAGCCAUGACUCAGAUCAGGGAGCUGGCCAUGGAGGAGCUCAAGGACCACGCUGGCUUGAGCUCUCUGAGAUGACCGAUCAGCCUGACUAUGACUUGGAGGCCUUUGUGAAGAAAGCAAGAGUCUGCCCUGGCGCUGCAGGCCAAGCACUUCUUAGCCCUGCGAGAAGUCAUCAAGGCCCUGCGCCUGGCCAUGCAGCUGGAGGAACAAAUAAACAGCAAGAAACGGCACCAAUGAUGACUUCAAAUAAAGAUCUGUUUGGUAUCCAAAAAAAAAAAAAAAGUGUCAAGGCGCACCCUCGUGCAAGCCCUGCCAAUCACCCCUUGAGAGCAAGCACCGCGUGGCCUCCGGGCAUCACAGAUGGCACCUGUGUCUUGUGGAGGGGGGCACCCAGGCACGUACGCGCAUGCGGGGGGGGGGGGGGGGGGUCCUUCCGAGACUUCCGCCUCCCCGCCUUAGCAAAGUUACCUGGCCCAUGGGGGGCGGAGUUAGGGAGUUACGGUCUGAGCGCGUGCCGGCCCCGCCCUCGGCCUCCUCUGUCACCUGUUGGCCUGAGGGGCCGCGGCUGCCACCCAAUAGACAGCCUCCCUGAGCCGCCAGGGCCCCGCCCCCAGUGCGAAGCCACCAAUCCCCGCGUUGCCACCGCCCCUCUGCUCCCCGGCCCCUCCUUCUGCGCGCUUCUUCCGGGCCGGCUGGAGCGGGGGCCAAGGCCAUGGCUCUCUGGGCGCUGCUCAGCCCUGGGGUGCUGGUGCGGACUGGGCACACCAUGCUGACCUGGGGAAUCACGCUGGUGCUCUUCCUGCACGACACCGAGCUCCGUCAAUGGGAAGAGCAAGGGGAGCUGUUCCUGCCCCUCACCUUCCUGCUCCUGGUUCUGGGCUCCCUGCUGCUCUAUCUGGCUGUGUCACUAAUGGACCCGGGCUAUGUGACUACGCAUUCCCAACCUCAGGAGGAACCUAAGGAGGAGCAGACAGCCAUGGUUCCUCAGGCUAUCCCACUUCGGCGCUGUAGAUACUGCCUGGUGCUGCAGCCCCUGCGAGCCCGACACUGUCGUGACUGCCGCCGCUGUGUUCGCCGCUAUGACCACCAUUGUCCCUGGAUGGAGAACUGUGUGGGUGAACGCAACCACCCACUCUUCGUGGCCUACCUGGCACUGCAGCUGGUGGUUCUCCUCUGGGGCCUGUACCUGGCGUGGUCGGGUCUCCGGUUCUUCCAGCCCUGGGGGCUGUGGCUCCGGUCUACCGGACUCCUAUUUACCACCUUCCUGAUGCUUUCCUUCUGCUCACUGGUGGUCGGCCUGCUCCUGGCCUCACACCUCUACCUGGUGGCCAGCAAUACUACCACCUGGGAAUUCAUAUCUUCACACCGAAUUGCCUACCUCCGCCAGCGCGCCAGCAACCCCUUUGACCGCGGUCUGACUCGAAACCUGGCCCACUUCUUCUGUGGGUGGCCCUCCGGGCCCUGGGAGACCCUCUGGGCUGAAGAGGAGGAGGAAGGCAGCAGCCAGGCUGUCUAGGCUUGAUGAAGAGAAGAAGGCUACCAUUGUGCCUAAAAACCGGAGGCUGUGCCACUAGGGGUCAGCCCAGUUAGCCUGAGCUCUCUACUCCUUCCCAGGCUACCAGCCCUCAGCAGAGCAUCAGACAGAGCCCCAAACACAAGGAAGAUGGAAGGAAAGGACAUAAGUGGGGGGAAGUGGGAAGGGCGUACCACCAAGAGAACCCAGACUCUGUCUACCACGACCCUUGGCCUGGCUACCUCGAUGUACAGUUUUAUUAAUUUAAUCCUCUAUAAAGGCAGGUAUUAAAAAGACAAAAAGUCCUGCUGUGGGGCCUUUCCUGAUGAUCUGGGCACUGCCAAGAAGCAGAAGGGUUAGCGACACAGCUCACCCAGUAACACUGAGGAAACCUCCAGCAGCAGCCCACAGUCACUACCUGGAACCCCACACGUUCAUUACAUACUUUGGCCCUGGGCACAUGGACAAGUGGCGAGUUCUCGAAAUCUGGCAGAGGGAAGCAGAGGGGCCAGGAGACACUCAGGACUCCAGGAACCGCUGAGAC